CCCACAAUCGCGAAGGUUUCCGAUUGCGUGUGGUCGACGCCACCAAGCUGGCUCAACGUCGCAAGCACAAACGUUCGAACCAGUUCCUCGACGUCGAGACCGUCUUCUUCCUCCUCCUCGAGUCAGUUCAGUUAUUGCAGCUACCAAGUGCCGCGGCGAACGCUGCAUUGAUACCUCGUCACCAAGCGUUUUCAAGCAUGAUGGAGGAUAAACUCAACCAACUUAAUAUGAAUGAUGAUGAAUCUACGUCUGACGUAGACGUGAAUAUGGAGAAUAAGGAUAAGGAUAAGGAAGAAAUGAAGCGACUACAAAAAGAAAAUGCGAAAUUGCGGCGACAACUCGCCGCAAUUAAAUCGCCAUCGCCACUAUCAGAGCUGUUAGUGAGAAACGCACAGGCACCAUCAACAACACCGGCACCACCGGCGGCACCGACACCGGCACAGCUACCAGCAACGCCAGCCACAUCAAGAAACUCCUGUCUUCCUCCAGAAAAAC